GCAAUAGCAUAAAGUUUGAUGAAGUUGUCAAAUUGAGAAAGAGGAGGCAGAAUAUGAAUCAAAGGGCAGUAGCAAGAGGGAGGUCGUCCGGAACCGAUGGCUGUGAUUUCUCCUACCGCAUGGUCGUCGAUUCCAGAUACACAAAAGUUGCAAAGGCAAAGUCCCGUCUCGCCAAAUUGAUCUUCGCUCAGGUAGUCACUCAGUUGAUUAUAGAAGCUAAUGUAUUUGUUUCAUUAAUAAAGAAGGAGCCUCCCAAUAGAGUUUCCGUUUCUUCCCUUGCAGUUGGUUUCGUCUCUAUUAUGGCAGGGGAACUAGGUCGAAAGAGAAGCCGAUCCUACCUUUUGAAGUUUUAUGCCUUUGGGUCGUCGACGUCGAUCCUGUCGGCAGUGGCAUAUCUUGCUAUGAGCAAUCUCUCAUUGGGGACUUUCCAAAAUUUUACAAGUUUGGAUACUCUAAAGGUUGACGCUGUCCUACUAGGAUUUGUGGUGCAACUUUUUGCUAUUGACCAACUGUUACGGAAUUUGGAUUGCCUCCCGUAACUGAUCUAUUGUUACAAAUGGAUGCGCAUUUAUCUCGUAUGCACCGUCACUUGGAUAACAUUCAGAAUUCUCUAUCGGCUUGCUCCCAAAAGUUUUAUGACGCUCAAGCACGUCCAGAUUUGACUGCAUCUUUGGCCGAUAAGUGUGACAUAGAUAGGUCGCUGAACAGGAAAUUGUUUCUGCUUUGGACAAGGACAACUCCAACCCUACAGAGAAUUUAUAGGUCGCUCAUACCAUGUUAGAAUCUCAUGUGGCCAAUUCGAUGGUACUUCCGCAGCGGUUAAAUUCAAGGGGUAGUUCUUCAACCUCUAUUCAUUUUCCUUCCCGGGUGAUUUCAUUUGGUUGCAUUGAGACUUUGGGUCCCAUGUUGGACUCCAAAAAUGGCUUGAAGGAUGACCCAAUCAAUUAUGCCUGCAAGAUGUUCGCUGAAAUGCCCAAUAAGAAAAUUGACAUGAAAGUCGAACAUCCAGUGAUAAAUGAUUCAGAAAAUCUGGCAUCCUAUAUGUUUGAUGAAAUGUUUCAACCAGUUUCUGCAGUUAAGGGAGAAUAUAAUGACCUUGUCAUGUUUAAUAUGCAACUUGGACUUGGGAUUGCCCGAUGCUCGGAGGAGAUGUUUGGAAUGCUGUCAACUUGCACAUAUGUCCAACUUAUAAACAGAGGUAUAACUGAUCACUUUAGUAGACUUGGUCGUGCUUCACUUAUCGUAACCUUACAAUUGUUUACACCUAACCAUUGCGGGUUAGCAUUUCCAUUUGAUCCUGUCUCUCGUUUACUUACUAUGUUCCUUAGAGUUACAAGAAACUCUGUAUUUUGUGUUUCUUCAAAUGACUUGGAUCAUGAUAAGUUAAUUAUGCCAACCUUGUGGAAUUCUUACAUUUGGUUAAUAACGUACUAGAGCAUAAUCUUCCUGGUUUCUUGUCGUAUAAAUCAAGAGUGUUUAGUAGGGAGGAGAAACUACAAGGGUUGCUUGAAGCAUUGGCUGCAUGAUAUUCGGAGCAGUUUCCCAAUAUUCAGGUCAAUAAAGAUGAUGUGCUCUUGUUUGCUAUAUUUGGUGUAGUUCAUAUAUCAAAGUCAACUUUGUUGUAUCUCGUCUUUGAUUCUGGUGCUAAAUUCUUUAUGGUACCCAUUCCUGUAACUACAUCGUAUAUUUAUGUAUGGGAUUGUGAGAAAAGUUUCGAGACCAUGGCUCUAUCAAAUUAUCCAGUGAAAGCAGAGGCACUACAAUUACAGGGAUGUUCUACAGGUCCUGAUGAAGCCUACUACUGUCAUUGCAAAUUUGAUGGAAUAGACACUAAGAUCUUAUUCAUUCCUCGCCAAAAUGUUUACAGUCAGCUUGAUCCUUGAUUUACUCACUAGCAGUGUUGCUUACUGCUAUGUUUCUGGAGAGGUCGAGCCUACUGUCUCUUCGAUAUCCUUCCUUGUUUCAACUCUCCUAGUUUUAACAGUUGGUUUAGGUGGACAACAUUGCAUUGUAUAUUCCAUCAAAGCUAUUGUGUUCUUAAAUAAUGGAAGGAGAAUUUUUGAUAUUGGAGAAGGCAAUGAUAUGCCAACAAGGAAGUCAAUGGAUGCGAAAAUGGUUGUCCCUUGUAUUACUUUCGGAACUGUUGGGACUAAUUUUUUAUAUGUUCCAUGGUACACUAAUCUACUUUCUAUCCCUGAGGAUACACUAUCAACUGUUCUUGUUUUUUUCAACUACUUUAACCAUCUGUUACAUGACCUUGAAUUUACACAAAUCAACUGUUGUAAUGAGUUCUGUUAAGGAUUUGGAUCAACCAUUUAUUAGUGAUCAUCAACCAUUGCUCUGGCUUGGAAUGCAGAAGGGAGUAUCUCAUGUGUUGCAUCUUGGUUACGGAAGUGUUAUCACACCACUCCCUUAUGGAAUUGAGACAGAGAAGCAUGUUUCACUUUACGAGAGUGAUAGUCUUUCACGUUGUCAUUGAUCUACUUGAACCUUGAGGACGAGGUUCAUAUUCAGGAGGGGGGUAUUGUUAUGAACGAGCCAGGACCAAUAUGGGCAAAACAGCCCAACAACGAAUUAAGAGACUAUGUUUGGGAUCCGGGUUGAUAAAUACCACUUGGGAGAGCAAAUUGGACUUAUGCAACUUGUUGAGAAAAAUGUCUAGUCCUCUCAUCCCCUUUCUAUGAGUUCUUCUUCUCAUCCUUUUCUUCUACUUGUGUUCUUCAAUUUCCAUUUAGUUCUUAAAUUCCUUUGUAAUUUCAAUUACGAGUUAGUGAAAUAGACUUGUCGGUUGUUUGAAUUUGAAUUGAGUGGUCUUGUUAUUGGGUUUGUUACAGUAACUUGUCAUGCCAACCAUUGAAGCCUCUAAACCACUUUAUUAACCAUAUGAUAAAAAAGUGCAGUCUUUUUCUACCAAAAUACAAGAGGCAUCCAAGAUAAGUAAAGGAAAAGAGGACUUAUUCCAUAAUACUGGUACAAUUUCUAAUUCUAUGGUCUUGUAAGCAGAAAU